AUACCAAUCCCCAAAACAGAGUUAGUUGUGACAGAGUGAGACCACAAGCAAAGCAAAGCAAAGCAAAACCCAGAAUUCAAUCUGAUUUUCGCUCCCAUGGAGUGGGUUCGAGGCGAUUUACUCGGCCAUGGAAGCUUCGGAACAGUGAAUUUAGGAAUACCCAAGAGUCAGAGCCUUCAAUUUCCUCCAUUAAUGGCCGUGAAAACUUGUGGGUCUUCACACUCUGCUUUGCUCGAUCAUGAAAAAUCGAUUCUACAACAACUCAAAGAUUGCCCACAGAUUAUCGAGUGUUUCGGAGGAGAUUUCAGCUUCGAAAACGGCGAGAAAUUGUACAAUCUGUUCUUAGAAUACGCUAUGGGUGGUUCUUUGGCUGACAAGCUCAAGAACUCCGUUCACCGGAGCUUGCCGGAAUCCGAAGUCCGGCGACACACAGAGUCGAUUCUAAAGGGUCUUCAAUGUAUUCACGAGAAUGGGUUUGUUCACUGUGAUCUCAAGCUGCAAAACGUUCUUCUAUGUCAAAACGAUGUCGCGAAGAUCGCCGAUUUUGGUUUGGCAAAGAAAUCGGGAGAGAAGAUCGUGGGUUUUGAGUUGAGAGGUACGCCGAUGUAUAUGCCGCCGGAGACAGUGGUGGCCGGAGAGCAGGAGGCGGCUGCGGACGUAUGGGCUUUGGGGUGUUUGGUGGCGGAGAUGGUGGCCGGAACGCCGCCGUGGCGGUGCUCGGCGGAGGGGAAUGUGUGUGGGCUGCUGAUGAGGAUUGGGUUUGGGGAGGAGGUACCGGAGAUUCCCGGAAAGCUGUCGGAAGAAGGAAAAGAUUUUCUCGGAAAGUGCUUCGUGAAGGACCCUAGAAAGAGAUGGACGGCUGAGAUGCUUCUAAACCAUCCUUUCGUCGUUGAUCACGGUGAUGAUCAUGAUCAUUACAAUACCAGAGUAGUAGCAUUGGAAGAGACAUGCGACGCUACUUCAUCAUCUUCGUACUCGCCGAGAGGACCGUUCGAUUUUCUUGAUUCGGAGUUGGUUCAGUCGUCUUGUUCAUUUAUUACGCCUUUGCAAUCGCCGGCAGAGAGGCUGCGGAGGUUGGUGACGGAGGAGAGACCGGAUUGGUCUGUUACGGACAGUUGGGUCACCGUAAGGUAGUUCAGUUAGAUUAGGAUUCGAAGAUUUUUAAUUUUUAAUUUUUAAUUUUAAUUAGAGGGGGUUGUCUAUAAGGGGGGGUUGUGUUGACAUCAUUGAAAGGGUUGUUCUAAUUGGGAGCUGAGAGAUCAGAAUUUCAGAUUGUACAGGUUGUUUUUUUAUUUUAUGAGGAAGUAAUUGAAAGAGUUCUUUCUUUUUUAUGGGGAAAAUGGGAGUUGCAACUUGCAAGAAGGCAUGUGGUGUUUGGAUUUGUUGUAGAUAUUUCAUCCAGAUUCUGCUUCUUUGUUUCCAAGUUUAUAUGAUUUUUUCUUUUUUCAUUGAAAGAAUGAGAAUUAUCAUCGAUCCUGACAAGCAAAGCAAGGCUACCAAAGGAUAAUAUAGGGAAAUUUUUAUUUUUUUA